UAGCAUUUAUUAAGCCCUUAAUUAGCUAGAGUCACAUUCUAGAAAGUGGCAGAGCAACACACAGAGCACAAUAACUGUAGUCUGACAGGCAGUCGUGGGCUUGCAUUCUGCUCCGUCAUGGAACUGAGUGAUCUUGGAGACGAAGUCCCCAGUUCCUGAUUUCAGAGCCCACUGAGGUUUGCUGCCUCGCCAACACCAGGAGGUUAGGGAUUUGGGGAGCUGCGCGGGUGUGGCAGGCCAAGGGCUGAGGUUUCGGGUUCUUCUUCGGGUAGGAAGAGAAGUGUGGGUGUGGGGACUCAGGUCCCAUGGUCAUAUUCCGGGUGGAGGUCAAAGGUCAGCAAGGCUCCACAGCAGAUUGGAUGCUGGGGAAAGCAGCCUCCUGGCAAAAGGCAAAAAAAGCCUGGGCUCAGAUGCCAAGUACCAUGUUCCUGGCAGGCAAAGGAGCAGGUUUCUCCCAUUCUAGUCCCUCUCUGCCUGCACAGUGGAGCCCUGGAAAAUAUAUGUCCUUCGCUGUGUUCUGCACACCCUGGUCUUCUCUGGAGAUCCCUUCAUUCCACAGACACCUGCACGGCGCGGGGGAGGGGGGGGGCGGGGGGGGCGGGUUCUGAAGUUCACAAGUCCCUCCUAGCCCUUGCCUGGGCACACAUCUUAAAAGCUCCUGCCGUGUAGUAGACCACAGUGGUUGGCUGCACAGGGGCACAGGCUGUUCCGGAAGCGGCCAGUCUCAGAGGUUCUGGCGGGAGAGGAGGGAGGGGAGAGGCCAAGUCCCGGGCCGCUAGGGAGCGGCGCUGCCCCAGGGCCGAGGGUGGAGCUUUCCCAGUCGGCCGGGAAAGGGCUGGGCCCGGCCUACAUGUGAGGGCAGGAGAGAGCGACGGCGGACUCUUUCCUGCGGAGUCCGGGUGGUGGACACGGCCAGACCGAUUCCCGGGACUCCGAGCGGCGGAUCACUGGAUGCUCCAGAUUCUCGGGACCCAAUCCCCACUUCAGAUCUUCAGGACCUUUGGUCGGAGCCUGGCUUUGGCCCUGGGCUCCAGAUUCCCGGAACAGGGCCUCUGACCGACUCUGGGUUUCCAGAUUUCGUAGGAGAUUCCCAAUCCUGAGAUCCCUGGAUCCGUAGCCACUGGCUCUUGCCCCGCCCCGGGUGCCCAGAGCCGGGCGCCUGACACCGGAGCGCCCCCGCAUGGCAGGGCCGUGCCAGCGGUCUGGAGCCCUGGAGCGCGCCGGCAGCUGCUGGCAGGACCCGCUCGCCGAGGCGCUGAGCCGGGGCCGGCCCCCCACCGCGCCCGCCGGCCGGGGCUGCGCGCGAAGCCGGCCGCUCAGCGUGGUUUAUGUGCUGACCCGGGAGCCGCAGCCCCGGGUGGAGCCCGAGGCUGGAGCCGAGGCGGAGCCGCUGCCCCUGCGCUGCCUGCGCGAGGCCUGCGCGCAGCUCCCCGGGCCGCGACCGCGACCUCAGCUGCGCAGCCUACCCUUCGGGACGCUGGCGUUGGGAGACACCGCGGCGCUGGAUUCCUUCUACAACGCGGAUGUGGUGGUGCUGGAGGUGAGCAGCUCCCUGGCACAGCCCUCCCUGUUCUACCACCUCGGCGUGCGUGAGAGCUUCAGCAUGACCAACAACGUGCUCCUCUGCUCCCAGGCUGACCUCCCUGACCUGCAGGCCCUUCGGGAGGAUGUUUUCCAGAAGAACUCGGAUUGUGUUGGCAGCUACACACUGAUCCCCUAUGUGGUGACAGCCACGGGUCGGGUGCUGUGCGGUGAUGCAGGCCUCCUGAGGGGCCUGGCUGAUGGGCUGGUACAGGCCGGGGUGGGCACGGAGGCCCUGCUAACACCCCUGGUGGGCCGGCUCGCCCGCCUGCUGGAGGCCACGCCCACGGACUCUUGUGGCUACUUCCGGGAGACCAUUCGGCAGGACAUCCGGCAGGCCCGGGAGCGGUUCUGCGGGCAGCAGCUGCGGCAGGAGCUGGCUCGCCUGCAGCGGAGACUGGACAGCGUGGAGCUGCUGAGCCCCGACAUCAUCAUGAACCUGCUGCUCUCCUACCGCGAUGUGCAGGACUACUCAGCCAUCAUCGAGUUGGUGGAGACGCUGCAGGCCUUGCCCACCUGUGACGUGGCCCAGCAGCACAACGUCUGCUUCCACUACACGUUCGCCCUCAACCGGAGGAACAGGCCUGGGGACCGGGAGAAGGCCCUGGCUGUGCUUCUGCCGCUGGUACAGUGUGAGGGCUCCGUGGCACCUGACCUGUACUGCAUGUGCGGCCGUGUCUACAAGGACAUGUUCUUCAGCUCUGGCUUCCAGGACGCUGGGCACCGGGAGCAAGCCUAUCACUGGUAUCGCAAGGCCUUUGAUGUGGAGCCCAGCCUCCACUCGGGCAUCAACGCAGCUGUGCUGCUCAUCGCUGCUGGGCAGCGCUUUGAGGACUCUGAGGAGCUCCAGCUCAUAGGCAUGAAGCUGGGCUGCCUGCUGGCCCGAAAAGGCUGUGUGGAAAAGAUGCAGUAUUACUGGGAUGUAGGCUUCUACCUGGGAGCUCAGAUCCUCGCCAAUGACCUCGCCCAGGUGGCGCUGGCUGCAGAGCAGCUGUACAAGCUCAAUGCUCCCAUAUGGUACCUGGUGUCCAUGAUGGAAACCUUCCUGCUGUACCAACACUUCAGACCCACGCUAGAGCUUCUUGAAGGACCCCCGCACCGUGCCCACUUUUGGCUCCGCUUUUUGCUACAGUCCUGUCAGCCACUCAAGACGGCUUGUCCCCAAGGGGACCAGUGCUUGGUGCUGGUCCUGGAGAUGAACAAGGUGCUGCUGCCUGCGAGGCUCGAGAUUCAGGGUGCUGACCCGGUGAGCGCAGUGACCCUGAGCCUGCUGGAGCCCGAAACCGAGGACAUUCCAUCCAGCUGGACCUUCCCAGUGGCCUCCAUCUGCGGGGUCAGCACCUCGAAGAGGGACGAGCGCUGCUGCUUCCUCUACGCGCUCCCACCGGCUCAGGACGUGCAGCUGUGCUUCCCCAGCGUAGGGCACUGCCAGUGGUUCUGCAGCCUGAUCCAAGCCGUGGUGACGAAUCCGGAUUCCACGGUGCCCACAGAGGAGGCGGAGGGCGUGGGGGAGGUGCUGGAGUUCGAUUACGAGUACACGGAGACCGGCGAGCGGCUGGUGCUGGGCAAGGGCACCUACGGGGCGGUGUACGCGGGCCGCGAGCGGCACACACGGGUGCGCAUAGCCAUUAAGGAGAUCCCGGAGCGGGACAGCAGGUUCUCUCAACCCCUGCAUGAAGAGAUCGCGCUGCACAAACGCCUUCGCCACAAGAACAUUGUGCGCUAUCUGGGCUCCGCCAGCCAGGGCGGCUACCUCAAGAUCUUCAUGGAAGAAGUGCCCGGAGGUACCUGCCCUGCGUGGGAUGGCAGCCUGUCCUCCUUGCUGCGGUCAGUGUGGGGACCCCUGCAGGACAAUGAGAGCACCAUCAGUUUCUACACCCGCCAGAUCCUGCAGGGACUCAGCUACCUGCAUGACAACCGCAUUGUGCAUCGAGACAUCAAGGGGGACAAUGUACUGAUCAACACCUUCAGUGGGCUGCUCAAGAUUUCUGAUUUCGGCACGUCCAAGAGGCUGGCAGGCAUCACACCCUGCACUGAGACCUUCACAGGGACCCUACAGUAUAUGGCCCCAGAAAUCAUUGACCAGGGCCCACGAGGGUAUGGGAAGGCAGCUGACAUCUGGUCACUGGGCUGCACUGUUAUCGAGAUGGCCACAGGUCGCCCACCCUUCCAUGAGCUAGGGAGCCCGCAAGCUGCCAUGUUUCAGGUGGGCAUGUACAAGGUGCAUCCGCCAAUGCCCACUUCUCUGUCAGCGGAGGCCCAAACCUUCCUUCUCCGAACUUUUGAGCCAGACCCCCGUCUCCGAGCCAGUGCUCAGGCACUGCUGGGGGACCCCUUCCUGCAGCCUGGGAAGAGGAGCCGCAGCCCUGGCUCCCCCAGACCCGCACCGCGACCCUCAGAUGCCCCUUCAGCCAGCCCCACUCCUUCGGCCGACUCGACCACCCAGUCCCAGACAUUCCCGUGCCCGCAGGCUCCCUUUCAGCAUCCACCCAGUCCGCCCAAGCGCUGCCUCAGUUAUGGAGACACCAGCCAGCUCCGGGUGCCUGAGGAGCCCGGGGCGGAGGAGCCCACGUCCCCCGAGGAGAGUUCUGGGCUGAGCCUGCUGCACCAGGAGAGCAAGCGCAGGGCCAUGCUGGCCUCGGUGCUGGAGCAGGAGCUGCCCACGCUGGCGGAGAAUCUGCGUCUGAAGCAGGAACAGGGUCCCCGUCUGGGCAGGAAUCAUGUGGAACAGCUGCUGCGCUGCCUCGCCGCGCACAUCCACACGCCCAACCGUCGGCAGCUGGCCCAGGAGCUGCGGGCGCUGCAAGGGCAGCUGCGGGCCCAAGGCCUCGGGCCGGCGCUUCUGCAUGGACCGCUCUUCGCCUUCCCGGAUGCGGUGAAGCAGAUCCUCCGCAGGCGCCAUAUCCGCCCACACUGGAUGUUCGUACUGGACUCGCUGCUCAGCCGAGCUGUACGGGUAGCCCUGGCUGUCUUGGGCCCAGGCGGGCCGAAUGGAGCUGGCCGGCGGGCCAGCGAGGAGGUGGAGACGGAGGCGGUCCCACCGAGGUCAGAGGAGUCAAGUAAAGAAGAGGAACCCCAGUCCAAGCAGCAGGAAACCUUGGUCAAGUUGAGCCGGCUCCCUGGGGAACCAGAGCAGGGAUCCCCGCCCCUGAUGGUGCAGCUGAGCCUCUUGCGAGCAGAAACUGACAGGCUUCGAGAUGUCCUGGCUGAGAAGGAGCGGGAGUGCCAGGCCCUGGUGCAACAAGCUCUACAGCAGGUCAGCGGGAAGGCAGGGAUCUUUGCCCUGGCCUCCGAGGCCCCAGCUGCUCUCACAGUGGAUCAGGGCCUGGUGCAGUGGCUACAGGAACUGAAUGUGGAUUCAGGCACCAUCCAGAUGCUGCUGAACCAUAGUUUCACCCUCCAUACCCUAUUGACCUGUGCCACUCGAGAUGACCUCAUCUACACCCGCAUCAGGGGAGGGAUGGUAUGCCGCAUCUGGAGAGCCAUCUUGGCACAGCGAGCAGGAUCCACGCCGGCUACCCCUGGCCCCCAAGAGGCUGAAUGAGAGCUCAGAGACAAGAGGCUAGACCCAAGGAUGGAUGAAUGGAGAAGACACGAGAAGCUUCUGAUAUACCUGCCCCAGGACUCAGGGUCAACUGGAGGAGGCCAGCUGGAUGGGGGGCAGGGUAGGGCCCAGGUCUAGCCCCAGGGGGCAGAAUCAACCAUAGAGAUGCCCCAAGCAUAUCAAGUACCGCCAGGCAAAGACUAUUAAACAGAACACCUUUGUACACUUGGGCCUUGGCAACUUCCGAAGUAAGGGGUGGGGGCAGGGGCUCCUGGGAGCAGCUCCCUAAGGUCUUUCCAUCUGAGUCUAAAGUUCCUUCACCUGUUCUCCUUCACUUACCAUCACCCUUUCCCGACAUCACCCUCACCCCCAAACAGACACCAGCCCCUUGCUGCCCUUAGAAUAAACUUUAUUGGUUUUAGCCAAGGGCAGGCCCUGAGAUGGGGGUCCCGAGAGGAGUUGGGUGGCUUAUAGGAGAACUAUGUCCUGGGGACCAGGUUGGUUCUGAGUGGCAGAAGGCCAUCCACCCACUCGCAUGGUCGCUCCAGGAGUGUCUGCCACAGCUGCUUCUCCUCUGGUGUGGAAUCCAUCCAGGGCACCUGCAGCCCAUAGCUGCUGCCUAGAUAUGUGCAGACAGGGGUGGAGGCCGUGGUCACACCGGACACCCCAGGUCUCAAGGAACACCUGCCUGGUCCCAGAUUAUGCACUUCCACUCCCAGUUCUCAGUGGACACCAAAGCCCAGGAGAGGGCAGAGAAGUGCCCGAGGCCACACACGGAGCCCCUGCUUCUCAGCAUCAGAUCUCCCCAGGGCCCUGCCCCACUCACCUGUGCCCAAGCUGAGGCGUGUACCCCCCAGCUGGCGGCUGGCCAGGGCCCCAUGGUCCCAGAGGGAGAGCUCAGCACAGGCCUGGCGCAGGUCAGCAGGUCCGAAGCCAUCAUAAACCAUGGUAUGGUUGAACACAGGGCUGAGGCUGCGUCGCACCACCCUUGUCCUUUGGCGGCUGGCCCGGCUGUCAUCAGGCAGCACUGAACUGUGGGGGGAGGUGGGCUGGCAAUCACAUGACCCAGAACCAACCAUUCACUGAAUCCUACCCGUUUUCCCUCACAAUGUCCAUGUCCCCUGGCUGCUGCCUGAGACCUCGGCCUCAAACCUUCCCAACUCGGGGAUCUUUGCGCCAGCCACCUCUCAGGCCUCCUGCCUUUAAAAGUUACAACUCCCCCCCCCAAAAAAAAUAAAUAAAUAAAAAAGAAAAGUUACAACUCUUAUUCAUAAGA